AUGUUCACAUUAAUUAACCACAAAACUUAUUUAUGAAGUGAAUCGAUUCCGCAAGUAUGCACUGGCUAUCGGCAUGGAUCACGUCCUGCAUGAAGCGGCACGAAUUAUUCGUGAAGAGAUCGGGCAGUUAAACGCCAUGGCUCAGAAACAUGGAGCGUACGUUGCGACUGCCUUUGUAAUGGAGAACCCAAGAGAGACCCCGGAAAUCGCUCAGUUGUGAUCCUUCUUGGUACUCGAAUCCAUUUCAAACAUGCAAUCGUAAAGGGGUUUUCCUUGAGUUUACUGGGUUUGGUGGGCUGA